AGGCCGUCAGUAGGUUUUGUAGUUGGCAACGGUGAGCAGCACGAAAACGAGCGAAGUGAACGCAUGCCUUGCGCAAAGUGACGAGUUAUACCGAACUGAACGGACGUGCUUUUGCGGCGACGCGUGAAACGAAAUAGCAGUCGUUGUAGAAAUAUUAUUUGAAAAAAAAGAGUAAAGUAAAGAAUUUUAAGCUGAAAUUUAAAUAUUUUUCUAAGAAAAAAUUUUAAACGAUUUUGCUGAAUUUACAAAUUCCGAAUAAUAAAAAAACGUGCUCGAAUUGAUUUAGUUGUGUGUCGGUUCGCAUUGAAUUUCAUUAAGUUGUAGUAAAAAAAAAUUGUAGCUCUUUUGCAUUCGCCCAAAACACAUUUCGGAUUCGAAUUCGUCUAGGCAGUUACUUGUCAUUCGUAAACAGCCUGGAUAGUGCUCGAUUUGAAGCAGCACGUGCGUGGAUUAUAUAAAGAGCGUGCACAAGUGUGAAUAAUCUGUAAAGUGCACGAACGCGAACAGAAUACGAAAGCAAAUCUGUUUCAACGCGCUCGAACGUCAACACACACAAAUGCAUAGACUACUCGUAGAUAUCUCCGCAUCUAUGUCACAAUGAAGAGUAUUAUUUCUCGUUUCUAUAGUAAUUAUGGCUUUAGUCUUAUUUAUGUGAUACUAGUUUAUACAACAUUAGCGCACAGUGUACCGUCUUGCGGUUUAUAUGGAGCGCCACCGUGCCAGUUUGUACCAUCGCCGCCGGGACAAACGCCAUCAUGUGCUCGACCCGGUCGCACAUAUUGCGAGCACGUGGACAAUUAUCCAGGCUAUCUCAUCAAGCAUCUCGUACAUAAAUGGGGUUACGAGGCCAAGAAUUUGCUUGUGGACGAAUCUUGGGAUGAAUUCGCGGCGUUGACGUGGCACGAGUCUCCAGUCUUCUAUGAUCCAGCUUUUAUUUUUAAUCGCCCUUACAAUAGUGGGGACGAUUUCAAUGGCUACAAAUAUAGCACACCGAGUGCAAAUGGAAAUGGCGGUGUGGGAGCUGGGGCUGCAAGCAGCAGUGAAAAUACAUUCAUCAUAACAAAAUCACAGACAACAGAGACACCAACCUUUCUUUUCUACACCUCUGCUGGUCAACGGUUGAACAAAAAUCAGGUGAACAGCUACAGCGGUGGAGGGGAGAGUAGUAGUCACAAAGCUACGUCGAAUAGCCCCGCCUUUUGGCUUAAACGCAUAUCACGCAAUAUUGACGGCGUGGUGGGCGUGGAGGUGGGCGGUAACUUUAGCGCUGCCUUGACCACAUACGACACCGAUGCCGAUCCAAUGUCGGUCAGUCGUGCGAAACGCAGCAUUUCUUCAUCCUCCCAAAGCACAUCAUCAUCAUCGAAAUUGUCACGUGACAUUUCACUUAAUAUGGAUCUCUUGGAUAUCGUUGGCGUCGAUAAGGGUGCCAAAACGCGUACCAAACGUCAAAGUCCCGGUCGGGAGACACUCUGCAAGACGACUUCACAAUUUAUUACACCACAAGCGGCGCUCAACAGUAAAGGCAACUGGAUGUUCGUGGUGAAUGAGGCGAGUACAGCGCGCCAAAUGGUAAAGGCGGAAUUAUGCGCUUCGAACACCUGCUCGAAUCUCUGCCAAUUGCCCAACGGUUACAACUCCAGAUGUGAACAGAAAUUCGUGCAGAAACGGUUGAUCGCGCUGCAGGCCAACGGUCAGAAUCUCUACACGGACUCAUUUUGGUUUCCGAGCUGUUGCGUUUGUACGAUAGCGGCGAAUUGAGUGGACCAACAUCAGCUUGACAACAAGCGCUUUGCGGCAUACAGUCACGCGUAGAAUUGCGGCAGCACACACACACGCGCAUGCGCUCUUCCAUCAUUGUUUUACUUAAUUAAUUUAUGGAGACUUAAAUAAUUUAUAUGUAACGAAUUUGUUAAAACAAAAUGCUAGCGAACAACAAAAACAAAAACAAAAACAAAAGCAAAAAAACACUCAUGUGAAAACUCCAAAUCAUGUAACAUUAAAAAAUUAAAAGCGAAAAAACACUUUCAACGAUCUUUAGCAUAAAAUAAUUUGUAGCAAAACAAAAAAAAGAUAUUUGUAAUAAUUACAUAAUUUAAAAGCGAUAAAAUGUGAAAAAAAAACAAUUUGUAUUAUUGUCAAUAAUUGAAAAUAAAUAGAUUUAUUAAAAAUUAAAAAAUAAAUAA